UUUUUAAUAGCUGGGCAGAGUGGAGGGACCCUUAGUAACCCCAUUCCAUGGCAUCAGUUUAGAAAAGGCAUGGUCACCAUAGCAAACCAUCUGUUUUUUUCAAUAGAUGGGCAGAGUGGAGGGACCCUUAGUAACCCCAUUCCAUGGCAUCGGUUUAGGAGAGGAAUAAUCACCAUAGCAAACCAUCAUCUUUAUGCAAUGCCUGAGCAGAGUGGGGGACCCUUUGUAAUUCCAUUCCAUGGCAUCAGUUUAGAACAUUUACAAGCACCAUAGCAAACCAUCUGGUUUAUUCAAUAGAUGGGGAGAGUGGAAGAACCCUCAGUAACUCUUUGCCUGUCAUGAGUUAGAAAAGCUACAAUCACCAUGGCAAACCAUUAGGUUUAUUCCUUAGAUGAGCAGAGUGAAAGAACCUCCUAGUAAGCCUUUCUAUGUCAGAGUCUUGAUCAUCAUUGAAAACCAUCAGGUUUAUUUAAUAGAUGGGAAGAGUGGAGGAACCCUUGGUAACCAUUUGUGUAUCGAGAGUUUAGAAGGCUCAUGAUCAUCAUUGGAAACCAUCAGGUUUAUUUAAUAGAUGGGAAGAGUGGAGGAACCCUUGGUAACCAUUUGCGUAUCGAGAGUUUAGAAGACUCGUGAUCAUCAUUGGAAACCAUCAGGUUUAUUCAAUAGAUAGACAGUGAAAGAAUGCUUAGUAAGCUUUUCCAUGUCAUCAGUGAGUGAAGAAGAGUCAUGAUCAUCAUUGCAGACCAUCGGGGUUAUGCUAUAUGGAGAUGGGCAGACUGGAGGAACCCUUAGUAACCCUUUGCAUGUCAGUUUAGAGCAGUCAUGAUCACCAUUGCAAAUCAUCACAUUUGUAAAUACAUAAGCAUUUAUAUUUCAUCCAUUUGGAAUAGGUAUGGUCACCAUUGCAGACGAUCAGGUUUAUUCCAUCAAUGGGCAGAGUGUAACCAAUAGUAACCCUUUGCAUGUCAUCAGUUUAGAAAUAGUCAUGAUCUCCAUUGCAAAUAAGCUUAUUCAGUAUGGAGAUGGGCAGAGUAACCCCUAGCAAGGCUUUGCAUGUCAUCAGUUUAGAACAGUCAUGAUCACUAUUGCAAACGAUCGGGUUCAUUCAAUAGAUGAGCAGAGUGGAGGAGCCCUUAACAACCCUUUGCAUGUCACCAGUUUGGAAUAGUCAUGAUGAUCAUUGCAAACUAUCACGUGCAUUCAGUAGAUGGACAGAGUGAAGGAACCCAUAAAAAGCAUUUACAUGUCAUCCAUUUAGAAUAGACAUGGACACCAUUGCAGACAAUUAGGUUUAUUCAAUCAAUGGGCAGAGCAUAGUGUAACCCAUAGCAACCCUCUGCAUGUCAUUGCUUUAGAAUAGUCAUCAUCGCCAUUGCAAACAGGCUUAUUCAGUAUGGAGAUGGGCAGAGCAGAGUAACCCCUAGCAAGGCUCUGCUUGUCAUCAGUUUACAGCAGUUAUGAUCACUAUUGCAAACGAUCGGAUGAUUGCAGCCACCAACCUCGUUGUUUUCCACUCCCUGCCUGUUUUGACUUGAAAAGACCAUGACAGAAGUCUUUCUAUCAGCUCUUUUAAAUGUUACUCAAAGCACUUUGCUGGCAAGUGGCUCAUCUACUGGGAAUGUCACAAAAUGCACUCUGACAAAGACAGGCUUUCAAUUCUAUUACCUCCCCGCUGUGUAUAUAGUGGUUUGUAUCACAGGAUUUAUCGGUAAUAGUGUGGCCAUAUGGAUGUUCAUUUUUCACAUGAAACCAUGGAGCAGUAUUUCCGUCUACAUGUUCAAUUUGGCACUGGCAGAUUUUUUAUACAUCCUCUCCCUCCCAGCCCUAAUCUUUUACUAUUUCAAUAAAACAGACUGGAUAUUCGGAGAUGCCAUGUGCAAACUGCAGAGGUUUAUAUUUCACGUCAACCUGUACGGAAGCAUCCUAUUUCUGACUUGUAUCAGUGUUCACAGAUACACAGGGGUAGUACAUCCACUUAAAUCACUUGGGAGGCUCAAGAAGAAAAACUCCAUCUACAUCAGUGCUCUGGUCUGGUUCAUUGUGAUUGCUGGUAUCUCUCCCAUCCUGUUUUUCUCUGGGACAGGCAUCAGGAAAAAUAAAACCAUUACAUGCUUUGACACAUCAUCUGAUGACUACUUAAGAAGCUACUUCAUCUACAGUAUGUGCACCACUGUCUUUGGCUUCUGCAUCCCUUUUCUACUCAUUCUGGGAUGUUAUGGAUUAAUCGUUAAAGCUUUGAUCUACAAAGAUAUGAACAAUGCUCCUCUGAGAAAAAAAUCCAUUUAUCUGGUUAUUAUUGUCUUAACUGUCUUUGCAGUUUCAUACCUUCCUUUCCACGUGAUGAAGAAUCUGAACUUGAGAGCCAGACUGGAUUUCCAGUCCCCUGAAAUGUGCUUCUUCAACGACAGGGUCUACGCCACCUACCAAGUGACUAGGGGGCUCGCAAGCCUCAAUAGCUGCGUAGACCCCAUACUCUAUUUCUUGGCAGGAGAUACCUUUCGGCGGAAGCUAUCAAGGGCAACUAGGAAAGCAUCUAGAAGAAGCGAAGCGAAUGUGCAAUCUAAGAGUGAAGAGAUGACUCUCAACAUCUUAUCGGAGUACAAGCAAAAUGGUGAUACCAGCUUGUGAAGACAAAGAACUGGAUUGCUCAAGACACCCAGCUGUUAGCACUAUGGGAUGCAUUAGCUCAAAUGAUGGCUGUGUAGAGAUUUUUUUUUUUUUCACGGGUUAAAGUCAGUUGACAUCCUGAGGCGGGCGAGAACAAUUUAUCCAAGAGGAAGUAGAAAGUUCUAUGGUUUGGGGACAGACAUUUGCAUUCCCACCACAAAGGAACAAAAAGGGUGUUCUAUUUCUUGUAGUAUCUCCACAAGUUAAACUAUUUCAUUUUUUUUAUUUUACAAGUUAUUCCAGAAUUUACUGUGAAUACGUUUUGACUACUGCUAAUAUGGUGAAGGAAUGUAUCUCAAUAAAAGUUAUGUGCUGAUAUUUAAAAAAAAAAAGUAUUACUAAAUUAGCUGAUAUUUUUGUGAACCUGCUUUUCUCUAAAGCAAUGGACUUUUUUUUUUUAUUAUUCUUCUGGAAAGACUUUUUCAUUUUAGAAUAUUCUUACAUAACAGAAUUGAACAUAUGUGGAGGAAGCAGGGAAUAGCUGCUCAAUAUUAAUUAUCACUCUCAAUUUAGGCAUGUCAAUUAAAAAGAAACCUAGACAACACACUCUGGCCGUUAUCAAUAUGCUGGGUGACAAGAAAGUUGUCCAAACCUGUUUUUUUAUUUUUUAUUUUACUGAUAAUGUCUGUUGUGAUCAAAAGGUAAAUUGCAUACCCAUCUCAGUUAGACUUGUAUAUGCGGCACUUGAGAACGUAAAUUUGUAUUAUGGCUCUUUAGAAGAGCAUUUAUAGUCCGUGACAGUUUUAUUGCACAAGAGAAAGGACUCCUAUAUAUAUUUUUUUUAAAGCAUUUCAAAAUAUUAACGAUAUAAGGAACAAGGCAAAAAAAAAUGUAGUAAUCUGGAUCCUUGUAUACAAGGGCUCUAUAUGAUAAAGGUUAUUACUACCUACCUAAGCACUAUUUACUUCAAAAAUACCAGUGGAUUGUUUGUAAAAGACUAAUCGUGUUAGUUGAGAGUAGAUGGUUUCGAUAUAUAUAAAACUUGGCUACUAUGGGAAGGAUGUAUGCUGGCAGGAUGGAAGAUAACGUACCCUUUUGUCCUCCAGAGCUUGCCCUGGUACCACUAACUACUGAGAAACUCAAAUGUGUGUGCGCAUUUCUUAACUAUAAACUGGACAUCGAGACUUUUUUUAUUUUUUAACCUGCUGCCCAGCAGCUAAUAUUACAAUAAUUUUCUUGACCUGUGGCAUGGUGUAGCUGUAUAUCAUGUCCGAAAAAUGAAUAUAUGAAGGGAUAAAUGUGAUCUCUAUGUUAAACGUACUGUGUAUGUUUGGAGUAUCGUAUGUGUUUUAAUGCUCAUGUGAAAAAUGUUUUAUUUUUGUACCAUUAUCUGUAAUUUAAUAUAGUUCAGUAAAUCUGUUUUAUCUGUAAUUUAACAGUGCCAUUGACUUGAUUUGCCUAUGGAGACAGUGUUACUUGACAUUUUGAAGCCUCUCUCAGGUUUUGUAGACUGACCGAAACGUAAUGUGUUUUAACUUUCACAAUAAAAAAGGGUAUUCGUUUCUCGGA